UGACUUUGUUUGGUUAGGUCUUCUGCCGCUUCAGCAAUGAUUCCAACACCUAGCCCUUCGUACGAAGUCGGAGACACUGUAUUGCCCGGUGACGAUGUCACUGCUGCCGUGCGAAGUGGCGCCGCUCAAAAAAUAGUACUCGGCCCAGGACUGCGGCGCGAGGGUGGCCAAGUGGUGGCCAGCAGGUCCGGUGUGCUGAGGAUGCCCAAGAAUAAUGUGUUUGUUGUGGAAGCAUACCAGAAGCGGUACAUCCCUGUCAAAGACGAGCAUGUCGUGGGCGUGGUGACGAAUGCUGGCAGUGACAUUUUCAGAGUUGACAUUGGUGCCAGUGUGUCCGCAUCCUUGUCGUAUCUAGACUUCGAACAUGCCACCAAGAAAAACCGACCCAACAUUCAGGUUGGAGAUGUUGUAUAUGCCAAGCUUUCUACAGCUGGACGUGACAUGGAACCAGAAUUGGUUUGUGUUGAUUCUCAUGGCAAAGCUAACAAAUUAGGAAAGUUGGAAGAGGGUUUUCUUAUUACAUGUAGUUUAAACUUAAUCCAUAAACUCCUAUCUGUUAAUUGCCCCCUGUUGCAAGCGUUGGGGCAAAAGUGGCCCUAUGAAUGUGCUUUAGGUAUGAAUGGCAAAGUAUGGAUUAAGGCCAGGACUACCAAAGAAACGAUUGCUAUUGCUAAUGCUAUCUAUGAGUCAGAACACUUGGACAAUAGCCAAAUUAAACAAAUGUGUAUAAAUUUAGGAGUUAUUGUCGACUCUAUGUAAUGGCACACCUGCCAUAUGCUCUAACAUUAUUUUUAAUCCACACUCAUCAUGAAAUUUGUAUACUUGUGUACUUUCAAACCUAUUUUAAUGUAAUGAACAAAAAGACUUUCGUAAAUAAAAACAUGUUAACAGGACCAUGUAA